AUGCUCCUCUCCUCCCUCUUCAACCGGGCCGCAAGCCCCAGCGCCGACCCCAGCGACACUCAAAACCCACCUUCCUCCUCACCAACAAGCACAACCACAACCAACCCACCCCCGAACCUCCCACGGCACUACACGAACCUCAAACUGCUCUUCGGCGGGGUAACGUUCUUCGCGCUCUCUGUGCUCGUGACGCGGCGGGCGUUCACGAAGCGCGUGCUCGCGUGCCGCCCGCCGUACUACACGGCGUCCGUGUACCACCAGCCGCCGGCGAACGGGGCGGGGGAUGCAUUUGAGGCGCUGAGCCUGGCGACGCUGAAUGUGUGUUCGUUUGCGAUGAUGGCGACGGGGGGCGUGCUGUAUGCGCUGGACGUGGCGAGUUUGGAGGAUAUGCGGCGGUAUGUGAAGAAGGAGAUGGGGGAGGGGACGGUGCGGGAUGAGGCGGUGGAGAAGGAGGUGGAGCAGUGGGUUGAGAAGGUGCUGGGGGAGAAGUUUGGGGUGGAGUUGAAGAAGGAGAAGGAGAAGGAGAAGGAGAAGGAAAGGGCGAGGGAGAAGGAUGUGGUUGUGAGUGAGAGUGAGGGUGGAGGGAACGGGGAGAAGUAG